AUGGUCGCAUUUUACAUAAUUUUCUUCAAUAUCGUCGGGAAUUUCGGGAAUUUUCAUAUAAUCUACUUGACAAUGACGAGGAAGGAGCUUCGCGGCAAGUCAGGUGAUUAUUUUCACUCAGAAUAGUUUCAGGAAAGCUUGAAAAAUGGCUCAUUUCGAAAGGAAUUCGCUCAAAUUGAAUAAAAACAUUUUUUACAUGCUUAAUGCUCUUUACAUACUCGAAAUUUUUAAAAAAUUACGAGUAAAAAUCAAAAAAUCAUCAUAAAAUCCGAAAAAAAAACUGUCUUAGCUUUCGUUUUCUAUAAUAAUCAAUACCAUCAAGGUCGAAAAAUAAGGACACAGGUAUGAAAAUUGAUAAUAGUCAGGUAGCGCAAGAAUAUAUAAUUUUUCAAGUCAAGCUAAUAAAAUAACUAAAUAAAUAAGAAGCCUUAUUACAAUUCUAGAAACUUACAACCCGCUUAACUGCUCGAGUUUCGAGACAAAAAUGUAGAAUUCACGAAAAACCAGAGUUCUCCAACCAAUAUUCAAACAGAAUAGUACAUUCCAGCCUAUCUCCAAUGCGCCUCCUCAUUCUUCCACGCCGUCUGCCUGCUCUACGAGCUGUUCAACGCCUACUUCUUGAUCUUCGGAAUCCAACUCCGCCGCUAUCAAUGUUACCCGAUCGAGUCGGGCUACGUGGUUUUCGCCAGCAUGCAAACGGUCUGCAUGUUGAUGAUGCUGGUCGACAUUCUCUCCCUGGUUCUUCUACCCAUGAGGUACCGAAUAACUCAGCAGAAAAAUCGCCACUUCCUGAAAAUUGGCCAGAACGCUCUUUGAUGUAUCAGAAGAAGAUUCUGAAAGUCUCAACCUGCAAAACUUUCUCGUUCUCAAGAAAUAGCCCGAAAAAAGCUCAAUUUAAUGGAUUUUGAGCGUCUUUUCUCGAGAAGUAGAAAGUUUGAGGCUUUCAGAAGCUUCUUCUGGUACAUUAAGGGGCGUUCUGGCCAAUUUUUACAAAAAUCCCAACCGCAAAGUAAAAUGACCUCCCUUGUUAGAUUUUUUAUGUUUUACAGCAGAUACUUUUUUUGUUGUAUGGUUUCAAAAAAAUCUAUUUCAAAUCGGACAACACUUUCUAGAAUAAGGGGGAGAUAAAAAGACGUUUUACAGUUCUGACAAAAAAAGAACGAAAAAAACACUUUUUUUGACCAUAAAUUUUUUGUACGUAACUUGAUCUUUCUGAAAAAUUCUGGAGCUGUUAUUUUCACUUGUAAAAAGUUUUUGUAUCUUUUCUGAGGGUACUGUAGCUUCGUAUGUAUGUGGACGCUGGCCAUUUUCAUAAAAUAUGUAUUCAAAUGUUUUCCGAAAAUCCUUUCACUUUCUUCGAAAAUCCAUUUUGAUUAUUAUCCCCUUCAUUGUCAAUCAAAAUCCAGGAUUUAUAACUUCUGAACUUUGCGAAUAGCUUUUCCUGGAAAGACGAACACCAAGCUCUAUUCAAAAAAUUUUGGUUUAACAUAGGCUUUUCUAGAUUUCCAAUAGUUAAACUUCAGGUACCGAACCUACCAAACAGGCCCCUACGUUCUCAAAAUGUUGAUUCCCGGGUUCGUUUUCGGAAUGAUUUUCGCCAUUUGGGGCUUCAUGCACAUGGAUGAUGAGGUUCUCAUCUUUUGCAACCCACCUAUCGGUAAAUCAAACUCCAAAGGAAAAAAUCAGCAUUUUUCAGCGCUGAUCCCAUCGAUCAGUCACACCUGGAUGGCAUGCAAUUUCGCUAUAAAUUCAACGGUUUUUGCCUUGCUGGUCGUCAUAAUCAUUCUGAUGCAUUAUAGAGGUGAGCGAAGGGAAUAAAUAGAAGAAGAUGUUUCGAGAUGUGGUUUUCCGAAACGAAAAAUGGUCUGAACUUGAAAUUGAUUGAAAACGACCUGGUAAAAUUGAAAAUUUCCUUUUAAAGAUCUAAAAAAAAUAAGAAAGCCGGUGAAAAAAGUACCAACUUUUAUCAAAAAACCAAGGUCAUGAGCUAAUAAAUCUAAAAACUGGUCCGUUUAGAAAUUUCCUAUACUGGGAAAAUGUUUAGUGGCCACUAUAGAGGCUCGCCAAGGACUACUUGGAAGGUCACUAAAGUGGCCACUAAACCCACCUCUCUAGUGGCCACUAUUUUCCGUUUUAGAUUUUCUAUUUAGUGGCCACUUCAGUAGUUUUUAAUCCAGUAUUCCUUCCAGUAACUCUGAUAACUUUAAAACAAACAGAUUGAGCCAGUUAUGUUGAUCUAUUGGCCCCUAAAGUGGCCACUAGAAUUUUUAGUGGUCUAGUAGGAGCCCUUAUUACUUCUGUAGUGGCCACAAGUUCACAACCCCUCAAGUUUCCACUAAUAUUACUACUAUAGCACCCACUAAAACGUCAAAACCCUAUAGUGGCCCCUAAAAGUUUUCCCAGAAAUCUAUGAGACGAGUCUGAAGGACCCUACUAGAGGUCCAAAGCUGCGCCUUUAAACCGCUAUAAUUCCAGGAAAAGGCCGCGGCGAGACCCAACGAGUAGUCCGUCGUCUCAAAGUGAUCACAGCGAUUUUCGUCUUCUCCUGGUACUCGGCCACCCUCGGACACACAAUCAUCAACAUCUUUUUCGAUGAAGAAAGCACGUUGUCCGUGUUUCUGACCAGUAACAUGGUGAGGAUCUCGAAGAAAAUGGGAAGAAGUUCUGACCAGGGAAUGGUCUUUGAACGCAGUGGGACUUCUGAAUGAGACCAGCUUUUCUAGAUCUAGUUUUUCACGCUGAUUUCAAAUCUGGUCUCGAGAAUUGCCCAAUACGUACGUGAAAAAAGUUAUGGACCAUCAAAAGUCCGAAAUUUCAGUGUCUGAGGAGCUUGAAUCAGCUCGAAGUAGCCUUGUACAAAAUUGAUGAAAAAGUUUAAAUUUUAAAUUUUCCUCUUUUCAUCUGAUGUUUGAAAUCAUUAAAACAAUAUUAAGUUCAGGAAAUAUCGGUAUGGAAAGAAAAUCGGGAAAAAAGAAGGAAGCGAGAGAUCAACAGAGGUCUGAAGAGACGCCAGAGAAACAUGAGCGAUCCUGUUUCUCUGGCGUCUCUUCAGUUAACAUGAUCGCUCAUACUUUCAAAUUUUCCAAAAAUAUCAAGGCCUUUUUUUAAAAUCUCGUAGUGAAAAAUCUAGCUCUCAUAUCCUUGGACAUUGGAAAUGCGCCCCAGGCGUUUCCGAGCAAGUCUAGUGACCACUUUAGUACCGUCAGAACUCUCAAGUGACCACUUUGGUACCGUCAGAACUCUCAAGUGACCACUUUGGUACCGUCAGAACUCUCAAGUGACCACUUUGGUACCGUCAGAACUCUCAAGUGACCACUUUAGUACCGUCAGAACUCUCAAGUGACCACUUUAGUACCGUCAGAACUCUUAAGUGACCACUUUAGUAGCCUCAGCAUUUUUAAGUGAUCCCUAGAACUGCCCAGAAACGUCCGGAGCGCGUCCGAGGCCCGAGUCAAACAGAACUUCAGAAAAAGAUCCAUUAACCCCCAAAAUUUCCAGAUUUUCUUCGUUCUGAUCAUCUACUCGCAAGCCUUCUACGUGAUCAUGUGGCGUUCCAAGGAGUACCGUUCAGCUUUUAUCGCAAUGUACUCGAACUUUGCCUUCCUCCAACGGUUCGCUCCCUCUACAAUUACUGUCACUGUCACCAGCAGCGUUGUCCAAACCAAUUCACGCGAACCCGUCAACAGAAAAAGCACAAGGGCCACGGUUGCAUAG